AGUCCGCCAUGUUCUCCGCCAUCCGCUCUGCCCGCACCUGCGCCCGCCCGCUCGCCCGCCAGCUGCAUGCCUCGGCGCCAAGGACCGCCUACUCCAACUUCCUCAUGCCCGCCAUGUCGCCGACCAUGACCGAGGGCGGCAUCAGCGAGUGGAAGGUCAAGGAGGGCGACGCGUUCGAGGCCGGCGCUGUUCUCCUCACCAUCGAGACCGACAAGGCCUCGAUCGACGUCGAGGCGCAGGACGACGGCAUCAUGGGCAAGAUCCUCGAGAAUGACGGUGCCGCAGGCGUUCCCGUCGGCAAGCUCAUCGCUGUCCUCGCCGAGGAGGGCGACGACCUGUCCAACAUCGAGAUCCCGUCGCAGGAAGACGCCGCCGCCGCCACGUCGUCGUCCGCGCCUUCGCCUGCCGACUCGAAGCCCGAAGCGGGCCCGACCUCGGCCGCCCCCUCCGACGCGCCGAACCCUUCCCCCGCCACUCCCUCCCCGACCCCGUCCGCGAUCCAUGCCCACCCUCAGCACUCGAAGCCGCUCCUGCCCUCGGUCUUGCGCCUGCUCGCGCUCGCCGGCAUCACGGACGCGAGCGCCAUCAAGGCGACGGGCCACCACGGCAUGCUCACCAAGGGCGACGUGCUCGCCCACACGGGCGCCAUCACGAGCGCGAGGGGGUCGCUCCCCAAGGACAAGCCCGACCACGCCCACCCGGCGCACGACUACACCCCGACGCCCAAGGACGUCAAGCACCCGGUCGAGGUCCUCCUCGACGGCCCGGCCAUCCGCCGCCUCGUCGCAGCCGGCCUCGGUUCGUCGUCGGCCGUGCCCAAGCCCACCUUCAAGGAGGUCCCCGUCUUCUCGUUCGACUCGAUCCUCGACGAUUACCUCCCGCCCUCGCGCCGCUCGACCUCGUCCUCUUCCUCCCCCUCGGCACCUGCCCCUCCUCCUCCCGUCGCCCGCAAGAGCGCGUUCGACGACAUCCUCGGCCUGUAGACGUCCCCCUCCCUUUCUCUCUCUUUCUCUUUCCCCUCUCGAGGUUUCUGUGAGACGGUCGCUCGGACCGUGUGCGGGGCUGUGACAUAGACUUUUCCGUUCCUCUCGCCUC